CCGUCACCUCAAAGAGCUGAGUCGGUUGUGCCAUCUGUUUUUUUUUUUGCGCAUUUUUUCCCAUUCUCGAUCGCAUUACUUGCACUUGCUUACCAUUGACUAGAACAUGGAUUCGCCAGCUGACGAAAAGACUGCUAGCCCACAGGAACAACAUCAGACGCCGCAGGCAGGCCAUGAUAUUCCUGACGAUAAAAAAGUGGAAAAACGACCGCGAUCCGACGACGAUGCAGCGGCAGACAUGCAUGCGGCUGAAAAGCAGCAAAAACCAUCCAACGAUGCAUCACAUCCAUCGGCUCCAGCACCGCCCAAAACGGAAUCGAGGAAACCGCAAUACGAAUUGAAAUAUUCUCUUGUAGGCCAUCGCAUGUCAGUAUCAAGCGUCAAGUUUUCACCCGACGGCAAAUGGCUGGCAAGUUGCUCGGCUGACAAGACAAUUAAAAUUUGGCACGCGCUGGACGGUAAAUACGAAGCGACACUGGAAGGGCAUUCACAAGGUAUUUCCGAUGUCGCGUGGGCAUCGGAUUCGCAGAGUUUAUGCUCUGCAUCGGAUGACAAGACGAUUCGCAUAUGGAGCUUAAGCACCAGAGAAACCGUCAAAAUCUUGAGAGGUCAUUCCAAUUAUGUGUUCUGCGUGAAUUACAACCCGCAGUCCAAUCUAAUUGUCUCUGGUUCCUUUGAUGAAAGUAUCAAAAUCUGGGAUGUCAAAAAAGGAAAAUGCAUGAAGACCCUGCCAGCACAUUCAGAUCCAGUAUCAGCUGUCCAUUUCAACCGAGACGGAACAAUGAUCGUUUCUUGUAGUCAUGACGGUUUGAUUCGUAUCUGGGAUACUGCAAGUGGGCAAUGUUUGAAAACAUUGGUUGACGAUGAUAAUCCACCUGUUUCUUUUGUCAAAUUCUCGCCCAACGGCAAAUACAUUCUCGCAUCCACACUCGACAACACCCUUCGACUGUGGAAUUAUCAUACUGGCAAAUGUUUAAAAACGUAUCGAGGUCAUGAGAACAACAAGUAUUGUAUUUUUGCAAGCUUUAGUGUCACCGGUGGCAAAUGGAUUGUCAGUGGCAGCGAAGAUCAUUGCAUCUAUAUUUGGAAUCUGCAAACCAAGGAAAUUGUGCAGAAACUCGAAGGCCAUUCUGAUGUUGUACUUUGCAUAGCUUGUCAUCCUACCAUGAAUAUUAUUGCUUCCGGUUCCAUCGACAAGGACAAAUCCGUGAAACUGUGGUUUGACAAAUCACAACCGGCAGCAUAAUAGGGCUUUGUUGGUUUUUUUUUUUCCUUUGUGUUCCUCUUUUUUUUUUGGUUUUCUACAUACUACAUCUUUGAAUCCUUUUGUCACAUCAUAUUGCUCCUUAUUUGUCUGUUUUUUACGUUUUUUCUUAUGAAUAGACAAAUCAACGAGUCGUCUACCUCUACUCUCAAAUAAACCGUAAAAAAAAAGAAUAAACUACAAUAACGAAA